GAAAUUGCAGAACAUUCUAAUGAACGUUAAUAUGAAAUUAAGAUGCAAAGCUAGCUUGUAACAUCUCCAAAACCUAUGUUAAUACUUUGAUAUGGCGAAUAACAACGGUUACUAUCGCAAGUUACAUUUACCAAAAAUGGUGGCGCCCAUAUAAAUAACACUGCAAUCAUGACAUUAUCUAGCUACUAAUAACACGCGUUUGUACCUUCAGAUCUUUUACUUUCUUGCUAAAUGUAGACCGUCAAGGCAUGUUAAUAACCACAAGUCGCUGUGCGAAAGCACUGCAGCUCACCCUCGCAGUGAUCAAGCCUGAUGCAGUGGCGCAUCCUGUCAUCUUGGAGGCCCUUCACCAGAGAAUCUUAGAGAACAACUUCAUCAUUGUCAGGUCCAAAGACCUGGUGUGGAGGAGACAGGACUCUGAGAAGUUCUACUCUGAACAUGCAGGACGGUUCUUCUACCAAAGACUGGUUGAGUUCAUGUCCAGGUACAGUGGUCCGAUGGCCUACGUCCUGGCUAGAGAGGACGCCAUAACCCACUGGAGAGAACUGAUGGGUCCUACCAAGGUGUUCACCCGCUAUACCUCUCCAACCAUCAGAGCCCAGUACGGACUCACUGACACCAGGAAUACCACACACGGCUCUGAUUCGUUGAGUCGGGCGGAGGAGAUCAGUUUCUUCUUCCCAGACUUCAGUCAGGAGACGUGGAUGGAGAGAGAGGAGCUGAGGUUCAGGAAGAGACGCAUGGAGGACAAAACCAGAGGAAACAGAUACACACGUUACCAGUUCACAGCUAACUGCUGAUCUCAGUACACAUUUAAACAAAUACUUGACUGGACCAGGGGCCUGCGUUCAUAAAAUAUCUCAGUAAGAGUGUACAGUAUAUAACAGUACCAGUCAAAAGUUUGGACACACCUACUCACUCAAGGGUUUUUAUUUUUACUAUUUUCUACAUUGUAGAAUAAUAGUGAAGACAUCAACACUAUGAAAUAACACAUAUAGAGUCAUGUAGUAUCCAAAUAAAAGUGUUAAACAAAUCAAAAUAUAUUUUAUAUUUGGGAAUUUUCAAAGUAACCACCCUAUUGCCUUGAUGACAGCUUUGUACACUCUUGGAAUUCUCUCAACCAGUUUCACCUGGAAUGCUUUCCCAUCAAUCUUGAAGGAGUUCCCACAUAUGCUGAGCACUUGUUGGCUGCUUUUCCUCCACUCAAUUCAACCAUGAUGGCCUGAUUCACGCAGUCUCCUCAGAACAGUUGAUGUUUAGGGAAGCAUUUAUUUGGGCUGCAAAUUCUGAGGCUGGUAACUCUAAUGAACUUAUCCUCUGCAGCAGAGGUAACUCAUGGUCUUCUUUUCCUGUGGUGGUCCUCAUGAGAGCCAGUUUCAUUAUAGCGAUUGAUGGUUUUUGCGACUGCACAUGAAGACACUUUUAAAGUUCUUGAAAUUUUCCAGAUUGACUGACCUUCAUGUCUUAAAGUAAUAAUGGACUGUCGUUU